AGCUGUCAGAAGGGGCAGUUUGGUCUCCGGGCAAGUAAUACUCACAUUCCAACUUGCAUUAGAGGAAAGCUGGUGGGUCUGUAUGCCUUUUUAUUAUCAGUUCCAGAUUAGGAAUCUGAUGCUAAUUUCUUCUUAAAGCCUGUGUUUGCAGUAGAAUUGGUAUUCGAAAACAAAAAAGGAUUGUGACGUUUUUCUCUCUCUCACUCGCUUGCCUUUUUUUUUUCCCCCUGGCUUUACUCCAAGGACCUUUCCUGCUUGUUUGUUGCAUUCUCAAGAUGAAGCCCCCGGUGGUUAUAGCGGUGCUGGUAGUACUGGUGCAGGUUUCUCAGAGUUUCCCUGCCUUGUACCACAGAGGUUGGUGGAGACUGCUAAGGGAAGGAGAUAGUUGUGGAAAAUGUGAUUUGGCACUUUGCUCUGAGCCUACACACUGUCCAGCGGGGACUGUACUGGAUCGCUGUGGCUGCUGUCCUGAAUGUGGAAACGUGGAAGGUCAGAUCUGCGACUUGGACCAGGGUAAUCAUUUUUACGGGCAGUGCGGAGACAACCUGGAGUGCAGGUUGGAUGCUGAUGAAGCAAGGUUUGGGGAGGUGCCUGAACCCCAGUGCGUGUGCAAGUCUCAAGAGAGCGUCUGCGGACCUGAAGGGAAAACCUAUGAGAACAUCUGUCAAUUCAACAAGGCUUAUGCCACCAGAGGAAAUAUCAGCGUGAAACAUAAAGGACCAUGUGAAUCAGCUCCUGUGAUUUCUAUGCCACCGCAGGACGCCCAGAAUUUCACCGGCAAUGAUAUCAUUUUUGGCUGUGAGGUGUCAGCCUAUCCUAUGCCACACCUUGAAUGGAAAAAAAAGGGGAAUAAAAUGUUUCUGCCAGGAGAUGACGCCCAUAUCUCAGUACAGGCAAGAGGUGGGCCUCAGAAGUAUGGUGUGACUGGCUGGCUGCAGAUUCAAGGCCUCAAAAAAUCAGAUGAGGGUGUCUACAUCUGCCAUACCAAAAAUAAGUACGGUGCAACAUAUGCCUCUGCAAGAUUGAAAGUCAUUGAUGGUUCACCUUCCACAUUUGCAUUUACUGCUGGCAGUAGAAGUGCAAGCUACAACACUGAUUAUGACGCCUAUUAUGACCAUUCUGAAGAGGAAGAUGAGGAAGAAUAUGAAUCUGGGGACUAUGAAAAUUGAAACGGCUGAUAAUAAUUUUUAUAUAUCUGUUGUCCAGUACCUUUCACAUUCAGUUAUAUUUACUAGUAUAACCUGUGCUGUAAAUGGCUGCUCUGGUAACACUGUUAUUCACCUGUGAACUCCACCUUCCUCAAGGAAUUCAACUUGGGCUGAAGUAUAUCAUGCUACUUACCACAAAUAAGAACAGAUAUAAGUUCAUACAUUUAGACUGUUAAAUAAAAUUCCUGAACAUGUACCUGC